AAGUUACCCGUUCAAACUACGUAAUUUCAGACGAGUAUUUGUUCGAGCCCGUAACUCCGACGUGAACGAGAUGAGGGAAAGUUGAAACAGACAACGUGACUCUGGCGCGAGCGAGAAGAGGGAAACAGACGAAGAGCUAAGGAUUAACGGAAACUUUGCCAAUCAGGUCCUCUCGCUCGAGUUAGGCCCCGCGUUAGUGCCUUGCCCAAGACGAUUAUCGAAGUGAUGGAUGGCUCAACUGGGCCAGGUGGCAAUGACCUGGAUGUGUUUUUACGAAAUUAUAAGCUUGGAAAAACCCUUGGCAUUGGUUCCUUCGGCAAGGUGAAAAUUGCAGAGCAUAUCUUGACUGGUCAUAAAGUUGCUGUAAAGAUCCUUAACCGUCGGAAGAUAAGGAACAUGGAAAUGGAAGAAAAAGUGAGAAGAGAAAUCAAAAUAUUGAGAUUGUUUAUGCAUCCUCAUAUAAUAAGACUUUAUGAGGUUGUAGACACACCAGCGGACAUAUAUGUUGUGAUGGAGUAUGUGAAGUCUGGAGAGCUCUUUGAUUACAUUGUGGAAAAGGGUAGGUUGCAAGAGGAUGAAGCUCGUAAUUUUUUUCAGCAGAUAAUCUCUGGGGUGGAGUACUGCCAUAGGAAUAUGGUGGUUCAUAGAGACCUGAAGCCUGAGAAUUUGCUUUUGGAUUCCAAAUGCAAUGUGAAGAUUGCCGAUUUUGGUUUAAGCAACAUAAUGCGUGAUGGUCAUUUUCUGAAGACAAGUUGUGGAAGUCCAAACUAUGCUGCCCCAGAGGUUAUCUCUGGGAAAUUGUAUGCUGGGCCUGAAGUGGAUGUGUGGAGUUGUGGUGUUAUACUGUAUGCCCUUCUCUGCGGCACUCUUCCUUUUGAUGAUGAAAACAUUCCCAACCUUUUUAAGAAGAUAAAGGGUGGGAUAUACACUCUUCCGAGUCAUUUAUCAGCUGGUGCAAGAGACUUGAUCCCAAGGAUGCUUGUAGUUGACCCAAUGAAGCGAAUGACCAUUCCUGAGAUUCGCCAGCACCUAUGGUUCCAGUCUCGUCUUCCACGUUAUUUAGCUGUGGCUCCACCAGAUACAAUGCAACAAGCAAAAAAGAUUGAUGAGGAGAUUCUAAAAGAAGUGGUUAAUAGGGGAUUUGACAGGAACCAGCUGAUUGAAUCUCUUCGUAACAGAAUACAAAAUAAGGCUACUGUUGCAUACUAUUUAUUGUUGGAUAACCGGUUCCGUCCUUCCAGUGGCUAUCUUGGAGCUGAGUUCCAAGAGACUAUGGAUGGUGGUUUCAAUCGUAUGCUUCAAAAUGAGGUUGCUGCUUCGGCUGUUGGGCACCGCCUUCCGGGAUACAUGGAGUAUCAAGGAAUGGGCAUGAGCAAACAGUUCCCAGUUGAGAGGAAAUGGGCUCUUGGACUUCAGUCGCGAGCUCAUCCUCGGGAAAUAAUGACUGAAGUUCUUAAAGCUCUCCAAGAACUGAAUGUGUGUUGGAAGAAGAUUGGGCACUACAAUAUGAAAUGCAGGUGGAUUCCUGGCAUUCCUGGUCAUCACGAUGACAUGCUGAACAAUCCUGUGCACAAUAAUCACCAUUUUGGGGACGAACCUGCUAUUAUUGAGAAUGAUGGUGUUAUCAACUCAGCAAAUGUAGUCAAGUUUGAAGUGCAGCUCUACAAAACUCGCGAGGAGAAGUAUCUGCUUGAUCUCCAAAGGGUCCAUGGCCCACAGAUUCUCUUCUUGGAUCUUUGUGCUGCUUUCCUAGCACAGCUCCGAGUCCUUUAAAGCUAGAAGCAUAGGCUCCCAAGUUCACAACUUCGCCAGCGAAUCUCCUGUUGCUUGUGAAUAAAAUCUACGAUGUAUAUAAUAGCCUUUUAGUUUGGUACCUUUCGUCCCGUUCUUUUUUCUCGGGCCAUGUUUGGUUCCAGCCACCAAUCUGUGAUCAUGGAAUUGGUGGCUUGCUUUCAAUCCAGGAAUUGGUGCAGUGUGCCCGUUCCCCUGGAUUAUCCUUAAUGUUAUGAACCCUGUUUGGGGUAUUUAUGAAUUAACAUGAAAUAACUGCUUCUUCCACUCAAGGAUUUAUA